CAUUCAGGCCCGUAUCCGAGGUGCUACUUAAGGCCCAACCUCAGUCCUUCGCAGUCGUAGAUUCCUCCUUCGGUGUCUUCUUAUGUCUUCUGCAAGAUCGUCUGUUGAACCCUUCCCGGAAGCUCGGCUUGAGAGAGCAAGUGAGGCGCAUCCGGAUGACGAGAAGGCAGUCACCCCCACGCCCUCGGAAAAGGAUGCCGAGCAACGCACUGUGGUAAACCAGGCGCCGGGGACACCAUCUCAGGUCGAGUCGGGGAAGGCUCCCGGAGUCGAGUUCCCCGAAGGAGGUCUGCAAGCGUAUUGUACUGUACUCGGCGCCUUUCUGACGCAAUUCACCUUCUUCGGAUACACAAUGUCGUAUGCGGUAUAUCAAGAGUACUAUACCAAAGUAUACCUUACCAACGUCUCCGCAUCUGCUGUGUCAUGGAUCGGGAGUGUUAAUCUUUUCCUUGGGUUGGCCGGCGGUGUAUUUACUGGGCGGUUGUUUGACCGAGGCUACUUCUAUGUGCUCAUGUACAGCGGGUGUGCGCUGGAGAUCUUCUGUAUGUUCAUGCUGUCAUUAACAAAACCUGGACAGUAUUACCAGGUCUUCCUCGCACAAGGGGUAGGUCUUGGCAUGGCCUGUGGUCUAACGUACAUCCCGAGCAUUGCUGUCAUCGGACAUUACUUCAGACGGAGACGAUCCCUGAUGCUCACCUUCGCGGCUAUCGGGUCUUCCCUGGGUGCUACCGUUCAUCCUAUCAUGCUGAAUAACCUUAUCAACGGUCCUUUGGGCUUCGCCAACGGUGUCCGAGCCUCUGCCGGCCUUAUCACGGGCUGUACAGUUCUGAUCUGCGCUCUGAUGCGGACGAGAUUGCCACCCUCGUCGAACGCGGACAGUUAUGCCAAGGUCCUGAGACACAGCUCACGAGACGCUGCUUACUUGGCUGGUGUGAUUGGGGUUUUCUUGAUCGCCACCGGCUUCUUCUAUCCCAUAUUCUACAUACAGUUGGAUGCAACUGAACAUGGUCUCAGUGAACACUUCUCGUUUUAUUCGGCUAGUCCACUCCAUUUAUUCGUUGUCAUCCUGAACGGCACCGGUAUCAUUGGCCGUUUUCUGUCUGGGUUUAUCGCCGAGUGGAUUGGCGUACCGUAUGCCAUUAUGACAGCAGUAUUUGGAAGCGGCGUCAUGAUUUUUGGGCUCAUCGGCCUAGCCGGCAUUGCUAGCACUGUGGUGAUCGGCAUUAUCUACGGUUAUUUUGCUGGGAUGUACAUCGCACUCCUUGCACCUAUGUUCGCUGGGCUGUCUCCCACUCUCAACGAGAUGGGAGUUCGCAUGGGCGUUGGUUUUGGUAUCGCAGGCUUGGGAGGUUUGAUCGGCUCUCCUAUCUCUGGUGCAUUGCUGGGCCCCCAGUAUAUCUGGUGGAAAGGCUCUGUUUUCAGCGGGAUAUUCGUAUUCGCAGGUCUCUGCUGCCUCGUUUCCAUGCAACUCCGUCUGCUUGCACGGAAACGGCAAGCAGCGGAGAAACUCGGUGCUUCAACCUGAGAAUGUUUUCUCAAAGUUGCUUCUGGGCUAAGGAUGUUUCUGCUCAUAAAUCAUCCCUGAUAGAGUCGUGCUCUUCAAGUGGUUUGUUGAUUCCACACUAUAGAUGAUUUUGUAGCCAUGUUUUGCAAUUCUUUCGCUAUAAGAUGGACUCUUGUUGUCCAGCAUUCUCG